AUGAAGAUUUAUCUCUUUUUUAUUCUGCUUUUGUGGGUCACAAUUUUACCAGCCAGAAAGAGAUACCCCCAAUAUGGUAGCUUGGAUUUGUCAAGAGAGUGCAGAAGGACUAAUGGUCGAUGUAAACUUGAGUGUCGUGAAGAUGAAACUAGGAUUGCUUAUUGCAUAAGACCGGGAACUCAUUGCUGCAUGCAGAAAUAA